AUGAGGUUCCAAGGUGCGGGGCAUAUUGCCAUUCUGGCCUUGCACAUUCUACCAUUUGCCAGCCAGGUCUACGCGCUUGACCUCGAUAUUAACAAUGAAGAGUCGAUCAAAGAUGCCGGGAACAUCGCUGCCUACAACAUGAUGACAUGGUAUAAAGAAAACGGAACAGACAACCCCGGUUUUAUCUCAAGGUCCUGGUGGACCGGAGCUGCUUUAUUUCUCGCAUGUCUUAAUUAUUGGCAUGCUACAAACGACACAACUUAUAACGAGGAGGUCAGCAUUGGGAUGCAACAUCAGGGCGGCGCGAAUGGAGAUUACAUACCUUCGUGGGCAGUAGGCGUAGGAAAUGACGAUCAAAUGUUCUGGGGCCUCGCUGCAAUCACUGCAGCGGAAUAUAAUUUCCCCAAUCGUCCAACUGGCGAUACCUGGCUCACUCUUGCGCAAGGUGUUUUCAAUAGCCAGACAUCGCCAAAUGGGAAGGGCUGGGACACGACUGUUUGCGGUGGUGGCCUUCGCUGGCAGAAAGAAAUGUGGCAAAGUGGUUAUACCAUGAAGAACGCGGUGUCAAACGGUGGCUUUUUUAUGCUCGCAGCACGCAUCGCUUGGUUUACGCAAAAGGAGAAGUAUGCGACGUGGGCUGAGAAAGUUUGGGACUGGUCUAACUCGGUAAAUUUGGUCAACAAUAAAACCUGGGCAGUGGCAGAUAGUGUGAGCGAAGGCACUGGGGGCCCCAAUGGCUGCAGUCUUCCUGAUCAUACCCGGUGGACCUACAACUAUGGUACCUAUCUGUCUGGUGCUGCUUAUAUGUAUGCCUAUACGAACGACACUAAAUGGUUGGAUAUCACAAACAACUUAAUGGACUCAUUGUUUACUACGUUUUUCCUACCUGAACACGGGGGUGUGAUCACGGACUGGCGGUGUGAAGCCGUGGGCCAAUGCUAUAAAGACGCGAAUGGUCCACUUUUUAAAGGCCUUACGGUUUCAUGGCUUGCAGAUAUUGCAUUGAUCAUCCCUUCUCUUGCAGAAAAGAUCAUACCAAGACUCGAAGUUUCUGCCGAGGGUGCUGCAAAGUCAUGCACCGGCGAUGGCAAAAACCUCUGUGGUAACCGCUGGUACGGCGGGUAUGAUGGACAAAAUCAGAUGGAAAAUGCAAUCAGUGGUAGUCAGAUGAUGAGCGCUGUGAUGGUGAAAUAUCUAGGCGCGUCUUCGAAACCAGUCUCGACAGCAACAGGAGGAAACGCCACAAGCGAUCCAAGUGCUGGUACUAGGGAAAGCGAGGGACCUGCACCGCUGCCCCCUAUCACAACGGCAGAUAAAGCAGGAGCUGGAAUCCUGGCAGUGGUUUUCGUGGGUGGUAUGAUAGGCGGGGUGGUCUUUAUGUUUUUGGGCUCCUAA